AUGAUCAAAUCGUUCAUUAACAACGGGAUUAAAAUAUACUCGCUAACCUCCGGGAGGGUGAGUCCCGAGAGUGGUGGCGUCGUCGGCGCGGGGAAAGCUGGCGGAAAGAGAAGGAAGAAUGCGUCGAUUGAGAGGAGCGAAAACUCGGUGGAAAUUCUGCACGAUUUAGAAUUUUCGCAAAAAAGUGAUCAAGUGAAGAUAAGCGAUGACGGGAGGUACAUCUGCAUCAGUGGGAUGUACCCACCUCAAGUGGGUCUAUAUGAUACGAAAGAAAUGUCUAUAAAGCAUAGGAGACAUUUCGACGAAGAGGUCGUAAGUUUUGAGUUCCUCAGUAGUAACUAUGAAAAGCUAGCCUUUUUAUGCAAAAACAGGCACCUGGAAUUUCAUAACGCAGCGGGGAAGUACCACAAAAUGAGGAUCCCAAGGGAGGGGAGGGACCUACUCUACAAUAAAGAAAAUUCUAACCUAUACAUUUGUUCCUCUUUUGAUGAAAUUUACGUUUUGAAUUUACACAGGGGUGGGUUUGAGCACUCCCUGAGCAGCAAAAAUGAACAGAACAAUUUUUUAUGCCUAAAUGUGCAGCUGCCUGUUAUGGCGACGGGUGGGUCCAGUGGCCUCCUAGAAAUUUGGGAUGAGCGUGUUAAGAAGAGCAUUUCCUGUAUGGAUGUCCACGAGGGGGAGGAACUCACAGCUGGGUGCUUCUCCGAGAGCGGGCUCAAGCUGGGCGUGGGGACCGAAAAGGGCAUCGUGAAGCUGUACGACAUUCGCCACAGCCGGCCGCUCCUCGUGAAGGACCACUGCAACGAUUUGGCGAUUAAGAAGAUCGAGUUCGUCAGCAUUGGGAGGAGGCGCGGCGGGGUUGGCGGAGGGACGCUUGCGGAUGAGCGCUUUUUGCACAGUGGCGAUUGUGCCCCCCCCGUGUCGGGGGGAAGCGCGUCCAACGAGUACGUCGCAGCGGCAGACGCGAACUGCAUCAAAAUAUACAGCGAGAGCGACCCCAAUUUGCUCUCUUUCCAUGUUGUGAGCAGGGAGAGCGAAAGUGGAAAGGGUAAAGGAGGGGCGAAGAAAACGAACGCGUUUAAGCUGCUUGGAAACGAUACGAUCAGCAUCAAUUCGUUUACCUUUUAUAAAAACUCGGGACUUUGCUUCAUCCCAUGUGAUAGUACCAAUGUCUCCCUGUACUUCAUCCCCUACAUUGGGAUCUCCCCCAAGUGGUGCAACUUUCUGGAUAACAUCACGGAGGAAUUGGAAGAGAGAGAAAAAUAUGACAGCAGCAGGAACGACGGUGAUGAGCGUCAUGCCAACUCGAGUGACCUCUUUGACGAUUACGUUUUCGUUUCGAACGAGCAAGUGGAGAGGAUGAACAUAAGCCACCUGAGGGGAACGCCCAAUUUGAUUUCCUACCUGCACGGGUACUACAUGCCGUGUAAAAUGUACACAGAUAUUAAGAGCGUCCUUGAGGCAGAUAAUUUGAACCAAGUGAAGAGGGCCAUUGUGCAAAGGAGGCUGGAGAAGAGGCAGCAGAUGAGGAUCCCAGACAGAAGCGUCCUGGUUAAUAGAGACUACGUAGAUAAGCUCCUCACCCGGGUGAACAAAAAGGUGGAGAAAAAGCAGAAGGCGAUCGUGGAGGCCCAGGAGCUGCUGCAGGAUGAGCGGUUCAACAAGCUCUUCUACGACCCAGAGUAUUUGGUCGAGACGGUCGACUUGGGCGACCAGCCGGGGUGA